GGAAAAUCCUUUGCUGUGCUUUUUUUCCCCAUCCCUCUUUCCAUCGAUUGCCAGUGGUUCAUCAUGGCGUUGAAGAUCUUUGAGAUCGAUCCGACACUCCGUGGCUGUGAAGGUCAAAUUUGGGAUCGUGUCAAUGGCUACAGGUGGUGGAAGAACGAGUUGCAAGAGAAGGAGGGCGGCAUGGACCAGUUUGCCGAAGGUUACAAGAUUUUCGGCUUCAACCGCGUCGAAGGUGGAUACGUGUACCGUGAAUGGCUUCCCAACGCGAAGCAGGUCUUUUUGAUCGGUGAGUUCAACGGCUGGCAGAACAGCACGCCGCUCCAAAACGAAGGCUUUGGGCGUUGGAAGGUGGACCUCCCCGACAAGGCAGAUGGUACUCCCAUGAUCUCCCACGCCACCCAGGUGAAGGUGCGUAUUGAAUCCAACGAUGGUGGCUGGCACGAUCGAGUGCCUGCCUGGAGCAAGUUGUCUUGGCAGGAUCACACCACCAAUCUCUUCAAUGGCGUAUUCUGGGAGCCCCCAGAGGAGAAACGCUAUGUUUUCCAACACGCACGACCGGAGAAGCCCGAGAAUCUGAAGAUCUACGAAGCCCACGUAGGUAUGGGCAGUGUGGAGCCAAAGGUCGCCACUUACGUGGAGUUCGCAGAUAACGUGCUGCCACGCAUCAAGCGCAUGGGCUACAACUGUGUGCAACUGAUGGCGGUGGCCGAACACGCGCACUACGGCUGCUUCGGAUACCAUGUGACCUCCUUCUUCGCACCGGCCAGCCGCUCCGGAACGCCGGAGGAGCUGAAAUACCUGGUGGACACAGCGCAUGGCCUCGGUAUCCAUGUCUUGAUGGAUUUGGUGCACGCCCACGCUUCCUCCAAUACCUUGGACGGCAUCGCACAGAUGGAUGGCACCGAUCAUUGCUAUACUCAUGGAGGACCCAAGGGCCACCACAGCGAAUGGGACUCGAAGAUCUUCAACUACUUGAAGUAUGAGGUUCUGCGUUUCCUCCUCUCCAACGUCAAAUGGUGGCUGACCGAGUAUCAAUUCGACGGCUUCCGCUUUGACGGAAUCACCUCGAUGCUCUACCACUCUCACGGCAUCGGUAAGGGCUACACGGGCGGUUACCACGAAUACUUUGGGCCCGAUGCUGACAUUGACAGCCACAUCUACCUCAUGUUGUCUAACGAUUUGAUCCACAGCAUUGUUCCCAGCGCAGUGACAGUGGCUGAGGAUGUGAGUGGCAUGCCAACGAUCGGCCUACCAGUGGAGUGGGGAGGCUUCGGCUUCGAUUAUCGUUUGGCCAUGGCGAUCCCAGACAUGUUCAUCAAGCUGUUGAAGGAAGUAGGCGAUGAUAAUUGGGACAUGGGCCACAUCUGCUAUACGCUCACCAACCGAAGGCACUUGGAGAAGGUUGUGGCAUACGCCGAGUCCCAUGAUCAAGCCAUUGUGGGUGACAAGACAUUGGCCUUCUGGCUGAUGGAUGCGGCGAUGUAUACCGACAUGAGCAUUUUCCAAUCGCCUCACCACAGCAUGGCCGUGGAUCGUGGCCUGGCGCUGCAUAAGAUGAUCCGGCUGCUGGUGCUGGGACUGGGAGGCGAAGGCUACCUGAACUUCAUGGGCAACGAAUUCGGACAUCCCGAGUGGGUGGAUUUCCCACGUCCCGAGAAUGGCUGGAGCCAUCACCACUGCAGGCGUCGAUUCGAUCUGCCAGAAGAUGACUUGCUGCGGUACAAAUUUUUCCAGAACUUCGAUGAAUUGAUGAAUGCCUUGGAGAAUCGUUUCAAGUGGUUAAGCUCCUGGCAUCAGUAUGUGACCUUGAAGCACAGCGCAGACAAGGUCAUCGUCUUCGAACGUGGGGAUCUUCUCUUCGUCUUCAACUUCCACCCCUGCAACAGCUACGAUGGCUAUCAGCUGGGCUGCUGCUGGAACGAGCCCAUGCGCACCAUUUUGGACACCGAUGAGGGACGUUUCGGUGGUCAUCAGCGUUUGGAGUAUGGCCACGGAAAUCCCUUCCCUCCGAUGCAUGGAGCUCACAGUCGCAACCACUCGGUGAAGAUGUAUCUGCCCUCGCGAACGGCGCAAGUCCUGGUGCGUGACAGUCUUUUGCAAGGUGGUGUCAAGAUCUUCAUGGAUGCCACCUUUCUGGUCUCCUACAGCCUUCCUUCUUGUGAAGGCAUGAAGCUGUCUCUUCAGAUCUGGAAGGACGGCAAGCAGGAGAUGUUGGACUUCGACUUCGAUGAGUCGGGCAAAGUGGAUCUGGGCUUGAAUUUCGAUGCCACCUUCAAAAUCUUGGACGCCACCGGACAGGAGGUGCCCUGCAAAGCUUCCAAAGACGGAUUCUACCGCGUCUUCUUUCCUGGUGAAUAUGCCAUUUGCAGCCUGGGCUAUCUGCGCAACGGCCCCGGCAGCCUCGAGGGCCUGGAAGCCUUCGAGGACGCCGACGAGGCCGUUGCCGAGACGGCCGAGCAGUCGCCCAGCGGCGACGCUUCCGCGGCGAAGGCGGAGGAGCCGAAGGCGGCAGGAACGGCCAACACAACCAAGCCGCAGAAGGGCGGCUAUGGAGACGCAGGAAAGACGGAAGUCGCCGCUGAAGUGGCACCCAGCGCCGUGGGAGCAUGAGGAGAGACAAGGCUGGUGUGACUGGAAAUUUGGACGCUGAAAAGAUGGCGUCACAAUCAUUUUACAGCGGAAUCCGCACUGCGCACAGGGGUGGCCGGGGGUUCGAAAAUCCUGGUUCUUUGC